UUCAUCAUCUGGGGCCAUUACCUGGGCCAUUACCUAGGCCAAACUUUCAAGGUUAUUGCACUUGCUAUCCCUACACUAUUCCUUACUAUCACUGUGCACCUAAUCACUUCCUCUUCCUCCCAUUCCCAUUUCCAUUCAUUACAUUGUCGUUGGGACAUCGUCAUUUUGUCGGACGCAAACAUCCCAUCGUCAUAUCUCAAAAUCCUCGACUAUUCGACUGUUUUAUACUGUUAUUCCACCUACGCCGUCAGUGCCGACAACGAUGAACCACCACCCCGCAUCCCGACCUGUGGGAUAUCGUGAUAGUCUACCGUUGCUCCCCCACACGCGACCUACGCGUCCGUGAAUCUCCGGUUAUCCUCGUCUAGUCCCACCCUGAUUGUAGAGGCUGCGAUUUCAUCAACAUCGCCAUCAUGGCAACUUUCUUCCAGUCCUUCAGGAACUCGAGCAUGCCCAAGCGGCUGCUACGGUAUACCUUAUCGAAGUUGGAUUACUUCGAUACCGAUGCACUAGAUAUAGAUCAGUUGGAUUUUGCCGUGGGAAUAAAUAAUGUCUUCACUUUACAAGAUGUCGGAAUCAAGCUACAGAAACUAGAGCAGUUACUUCAACUUCCACCGUCUUUCGAGGUUAGGAAGGCCAAAGUCCUGUUGCUCCGAAUUACUGUACCCUCCGCCUUAUACACGAGCCCUAUCACGGUUGAGAUCGAUGGUGUUGAGAUAAAAUUGAAAAUUACGUCCAAAGACGAAAGCUCGUCGAAAGGGGCAUCGCAUAAGAGGAAGAAUCCUUUAUCAUCUGAAGAGGACGAUCCUGUUCCACAUGCUAUUGACUUGGCUCAGUCGUUCUUAGAUACACAGCCCUUAAAAGAGAAGGCGGAACUUCAAGCUGCCCUCGAAGCCGAAACCCAUGACCUCGGUGCCUCCGUAACAAGCAGCGAGGAUGAAAGCGACGAAGACUAUCCUUUGGGCACUGGUCAACCCCUUUCUCUCCCUACCUUCCUGGCAGAAUUCCUGCAAGGCAUAGUUGAUCGGUUGCAAAUCUCUAUUAAGGACGUUACUUUUCAUUUAGAUGUUGAGGUUCCAGUUGAGCAGAACUCGACCGUCCCCGAAUUGGUCACAUUCCAACUUGCUAUAGACGAUGUGAAGGUAGAAGGAGUUACGAUGACGACAGACGAGACUACCGACGAAGAUGGGACCAAACCCGUGCUCAAGGAGGGGAAGCGAUAUGUCGGACUAAAUAAAAUUCGAGCAAGCUUAAUAUCUGAGGCGAAUGUUUUUUCUAAUCUACCGCGGUCGCCGUCAAUUCCCUCAUCAUUUGUUGCCAACUCGCCUACUGUUACGAGGCAACAGUCAAUCUCGGAAGAGUCUACCUCACCGGCAAUGUCUUCAUCAGAAUGGCGUUCUAACGCCGACGAUAUUGCGCAGAGUCAGUAUCAGCGAUCUCUCAUGGAUAGUGAAGAUGCUUUCAACAUACCAUACGAGUUAAGUGGAAGCGGAUCGAACGCAGAACAGGACGAGGAAAUAAAAUCAGCGCCAUCAACCCCACGAGCUCUUGCGCCUCGGAUCCCACAGCGAGAUGAAUCGGGGCCGACUUCUAGUUUACCAACAGCCCAGUCUUCUAUUGACACAGCUCCAGCCCUUUGGUCAUCCGUGGCGCGUAUCGCUCAAUCCGAACCAGCUCUAGAACAUAGGCAAAGAUGGGGAGAAGACUCUAUUGAGUCUUCAAAAAGUAUCGAGGAUCGGCCUCUAGAAGAUGAUGGAAGUGACGCAACGCCCUCCUUGAGCGAUGACCUCACGCAGUCUCACCUUUUCAGCCACGAAGAAGCUGAGAGCAUGUAUAUGAGCGCCUUUUCCAACGCAGAAACUUCACAGAUCAGUCACGCAGCCCCCGCUAUGCCUGGUGGCUGGGAUUCGGAGCCUUCAAGUGCAGAGAACUCGCCCAAGCCGAAGCGCCAAAGCCAGACUUCACCAACAGGUUCCCCAAAGCCUACAACCACACCUAAUAAUCCUUCUGUUGACAAACAUGCUUCUUUAUAUUCACCACUAGCACCCGAGUUAGAAAAUGAUCCUUUCCUUGACAAUCUCGAGGAUGCAAGACACUCGCCCGAUAAUGUAUCAAAUCAUCUGGAGAACGAAGAUAUCCCAGCAGAGGAGGCCGCUACGCCAAGAGGGCCAACUCGAUUGGUCAAAGAACUCGUUUCCUUAAAUACUAUCUCACUCUAUAUCCCUUCAAAUCAUCAGCAUGUACAAGUAGCGUACGCUGAAGAGCCAACCCCCAAAUCACCUCAGUCGCAUCUAGGCCGAUCGGUUUCUCCAAAUCUCCCUGGGGCGUUCUCUAUCCACGCCGGCGACCAAUCAACUGCGUCGAUAGCUCCAACUCCUACUAUAACGAACCAUGAGAGCGCAAUUGAUAAAACUCUAGAGGUGAUAAUAUCGUCUCUAGAAAUACGUUCUGACCUAUCAACCGGUUUUCUACUAGUUUUAGUAGUGUCGCGAAUUCUUUCAGCCUUGAAAGAACAGCCACAAACUCGACCCAAACAGAAAGCAAAAGCUGACGUUAAGAGUAACCCAUCACCCAUACCUAACAUCAAGAUUGCAGCUGAACAGAUUACUAUACACUUUCUUGAGAGUCUAGUCGGAAUUGCUGAUACACCUGAACGAUUGUUUAACCCCAGUCCUACUUCGCUCAACGCCGACGCUGUUCUGAGUGCGACUAUUCAAGGCUUGAACGUGGGACUAUCUGGAUCUACAUCCUCCACGCAAACUUCAGUGGACGUGGGUAAGUUCAAGCUUGGAUACGGAAACGAUGAUAUGAUUUCCUUCGAUCAGCGCAUACAAAUGCGAGCUUCUGUAAGGGAUGCAUUCCCUGUCGCAGGCGCCGAUAUCUCUCUUAAGGUCACACAGACAUCCACAUCGACGAAAUGCGAAGUAACAACUUUACCCCUCCACGUCAAAAUAGAUCUUCAACGACUGGAUGAAACCUUUAGUUGGUUUGGUGGUUUGAGUGGCUUCUUAAACAUGAGUUCAUCGAUGACUUCUAAUACUUCACCUGCCCCUCGUAGUCCAACGAGAGCGCCGCCGAAAGCACGUGGGGUUAGAUUUGAUGCGCCUAUUCGUCCAGAUGAUACUUCUGCAAGUUCCGAAAAUAAAAUGAACAUGAGGCUGGGCGGCUUCCGCCUAGAGCUUGUUGGGAAGGAGUGCAGCGUAUCAUUGGAUACGAGUGCGGUGAAGUUAGUUAGUCGAGAAGAAGGGGUCGGGAUUGGUAUUUCCAAGAUAUACCUCGCAGGUCCGUUUAUGAGUCGUUCCAUGGGCGACCCUCCUAUAAAUGCUGUGAUUACAAACACCCGUCUCGAAUACCUCACGACACCGAAAGACAACGACCUCGAACGACUUCUAGAGCUCAUCAUACCAUCCAAAAAUAAAUUCUCCAACAACGACAACGAGAUAAUGGUAGAUACCUUACUUCGACAAAGGAGGAAAGGUGGCGUAUUACGCGUGAAUGUCGAUGACCUUGAGGUCAGCGUCGAGAAACUUCAUCAUCUCCAAGUGCUUCCUGCUUUAGGGGAAGAGAUUGCACGCCUGUCAACUGUCGCUAAAUACCUUCCCGAAGAUGAUCGGCCAGGGAUCCUCACACUGGGCCUUGUCCGCAACUUAGAUCUUACGGUAGAUAUUGAUGGAAAGUUCGGCUCUGUGCAAGCAUCUUUGAAGGAUGUAGAGGCCGGCCAUAUUACUAUUCCUUCUUUAGUCGCUCUAGGGGUAGGAUCCGUUUCGAUACGGCGAAACCAUACCGAAGAAUUAGUCGGAAAGGCCAUCUCAUCUAUGGAAAAAGUGAACCAGGGUCCUGUCUUGACUAUGAGAAUUAUCGGAGACGAGAUGGAGCCAGUCAUCAAGAUUAGAAUGCGGAAUCUAAGUAUUGAAUACCGCGUGCCGACCAUUAUGGACAUCUUAGGUCUCGCAGCAGAUACAACCCCGCAAGACUUUGAAGCAACUCUGGCGGCCUCUGUCGCAAAUCUUGGCGAGCACGCCCAUGCAGCUAUCACGGGAAAGCCUCAAGUCCGUCCCUCAAUAUCUAAUGAAGGUGGAAACAGAGAUGCCAAACCGACAAAAGUUGAUUUCAUCCUUCAAGAUUGUUUGUUAGGCCUAAAUCCUCUCGGACUUACGUCCAAGUUAGCCAUUGUAUUGACGGAUGCUCACUUUGAAAUUUCGCUCUCUAACGGGGAUGAUGCGAAAGCACUAGGUCAACUAAACAGAGCAUCCAUACUUCUCAUCGACGAUGUUUCGAUACUAGAAUCCAAAGAGUCCUUAUCAACAACUCGAAGACGUAGUUCGAAUACUCCUACUCCACAGGUAGUGGAACUAUGCCAACGAGGAUAUGUUGAUAUCUGUUUUAUUUCUUCGGCAAAAGUCACAGUGCAAAUAGGCACCAAUAAAACAGAUGGUAAUAAAUGGAUUGACGUUGAGUUGCGAGAUGAUCUCCUCGUUGUGGAGACAUGCGCAGACUCGACUCAAACUCUUAUUGCCCUCGCCAAUGCACUCGCCCCUCCAACGCCACCGAGCAAAGAGAUUAAAUAUCGAACGAAUGUGGUCCCCGUCGAAGACCUCCUCGCAUCUAUAUCCGCGGAUGCAUUCGGUAAAGCUGAAGGCGAUUAUGACUUCGAUAAUGACUUCGGAUUAGCACAAGAGCUCGGUAGAGAUGAUGAUAGUGACUUUGGAAUCGGGGACUCCGGCCAAUCAAGUCCUCUCUCAGUUGAUUCCCGUUACUACAACGAACCUUCAGUCGAAGCCCAGCUUUUUGAUGCGACGGAUUCCAUGCUUUCGGAAAGGACAACAACACAGGACACAACUGAGGGUGUCCUACUUACAAACUUUAGCAGCCAGCCGGAGGUACAAAGCGACGACGAAGAUCUAGUCAUACACGAUAAUUACUUUGGCUCGGGAUCUGUCAUAGAAGGUACUGCACACCGAUGGAAUUCUACGAAGAAUGAAUAUGAUAACGCCAACGUCGCCAAGGUACAGCGUAGUCCUCUGUCCGUUCGCGUCCGUGAUGUUCACUUCAUAUGGAACCUCUUCGAUGGUUAUGAUUGGAACCGUACCCGCGAAGUUAUUUCGAAGGCUGUACACGAUAUCGAAACCACAGCUAUCGAACGGCAGUCGCGUCAUGAUCGGGCUCGCGCGAACACCGAUAUGGAGAUCGUAGAAGAAGAAACCGUAAUCGGUGACUUCCUUUUCAACUCAAUUUACAUAGGUAUUCCAGCAAAUCGAGAUCCUCGAGAGCUUGCUCAGGCUAUCAACCAAGAAUUGAACGACGCAGCUACGGAGACAGAAUCGAUAGCAACAACAGCAAUGACCAUCACACCAAGUCGUCAAGGUAAUGCUUAUCGGACCAAGAAGAAGCUCAAGCUAAAUCGUAGCAAACAUCACAAGAUUACGUUUGAGCUGAAGGGUGUGAAUGUAGACCUAGUUACAUUCCCUCCCGAUUCUGGAGAAACACAAAGCUCGAUCGACGUUCGGAUUAAGGAUCUUGAUAUUUUCGACCAUGUGCCCACGUCAACGUGGAAGAAAUUCGCAACUUAUGAUCAAGAUGCCGGUGAACGAGAAAUGGGAAGCAGUAUGGUUCAUCUAGAGAUACUCAACGUCAAGCCGAUUCCAGAAUUAGCAGCAUCUGAAAUCGUACUGAAGGCCACGCUUUUGCCACUCCGCCUGCACGUGGAUCAAGAUGCUCUAGACUUCAUUACACGAUUCUUCGAAUUUAAGGAUGAGUCAGCACCAGUUCACGCGUCACCUAGCGAUAUACCAUUUGUACAAAGGGCUGAAGUUAACUCCAUACCCGUCAAUCUUGACUUCAAGCCAAAACGCGUCGAUUAUGCGGGUCUGCGAUCCGGUCACACAACUGAAUUCAUGAACUUCCUAGUGCUUGAUCAAGCACGAAUGGUGUUGAGACACACCAUCAUUUACGGUGUAUCGGGAUUCGAUAGGCUCGGACAGACGCUCAAUGAUAUUUGGAUGCCCGACGUCAAAAAGACACAGCUUCCAGGCGUACUUGCCGGCCUUGCUCCCGUUAGGUCUCUUGUUAACGUCGGAAGUGGCUUCAAGGAUCUCGUCGAGAUUCCCAUUAGGGAAUACAAGAAAGACGGUAGAAUAAUUCGCAGUAUAAGUAAGGGUGCCGUUGCCUUCGCUAAGACAACGGGCACGGAGAUUGUCAAGCUUGGAGCUAAACUAGCUGUCGGUACACAAUACGCUCUGCAGGGCGCCGAAGGUGUCCUCGUCAAGCAGCCAGAGCCUCGCGAUAUCUCGGGAUGGGACGACGAAGAAGUGGAUACCGAAGAACAAAAACAAAUCAGCCUGUAUGCUGAUCAGCCAACGGGUGUGAUGCAGGGACUCAGAGGUGCAUAUUCUAGCCUUGCCCGUGAUCUCAACAUGGCAAGAGAUGCUAUAAUAGCAGUCCCCGGUGAAGUGAUGGAGAGUCAGAGUGCACAAGGAGCUGCCAAAGCCGUUCUUAAGCGUGCGCCAACGAUUAUUUUUAGGCCUCUCAUUGGCUCAAGUAAAGCGAUUGGACAGACACUGAUGGGAGCCACAAACGCAUUGGACCCCCAGAACCAGAGAAGAAUAGAACAGAAAUAUAAACGAUACUAAUAAUUAUCUCGGGUGAUAUCCAGCAUCUUUAGGGAACGGAGUACGGAUACAACUUGGGAUUUGCUUACGCUUAUGUUCGACACUUGCAUGACAUAUGAUACGAUAAUGCAUCAUAGAUGGCGAAUAAAUUGAUUUUUGUUUGAUGCUAUAAAUCAUGAAAUUGGCAGGACUUCGCAAUUUUGGGUUACAAUAGGGGUUUGGGGGCAAACCUCACCUUAGCAUGUUAGCACUGUUUAAAUUCAUCAUUAAUCUGUACUUAAUGGACAGAGACUCAUUUAGAACGUCAAUUGAACGUUACUUGAUACCUAUAAA